AUGGUUUGGUUUGUGAAUGUAGUAAUUGUGCACAGAAGCAGCAGGGAAGCAGCAGAGAAGCAGCAGAGAAGCAGCAGGGAAGCAGCAGAGAAGCAGCAGAGAAGCAGCGAAGCAGCAGAGAAGCAGCAGAGAAGCAGCAGAGAAGCAGCAGAGAAGCAGCAGAGAAGCAGCAGAGAAGCAGCAGAGAAGCAGCAGGAAGCAGCAGAGAAGCAGCAGGGAAGCAGCAGGGAAGCAGCAGGAAGCAGCAGGAAGCAGCAGGAAGCAGCAGAGAAGCAGCAGAGAAGCAGCAGAGAAGCAGCAGAGAAGCAGCAGAGAAGCAGCAGAGAAGCAGCAGGGAAGCAGCAGGGAAGCAGCAGAGAAGCAGCAGAGAAGCAGCAGGGAAGCAGCAGGGAAGCAGCAGAGAAGCAGCAGGGAAGCAGCAGGGAAGCAGCAGGGAAGCAGCAGAGAAGCAGCAGAGAAGCAGCAGGGAAGCAGCAGGGAAGCAGCAGAGAAGCAGCAGAGAAGCAGCAGGGAAGCAGCAGAGAAGCAGCAGGGAAGCAGCAGAGAAGCAGCAGGGAAGCAGCAGGGAAGCAGCAGGGAAGCAGCAGAGAAGCAGCAGAGAAGCAGCAGGGAAGCAGCAGGGAAGCAGCAGAGAAGCAGCAGAGAAGCAGCAGAGAAGCAGCAGGGAAGCAGCAGGGAAGCAGCAGGGAAGCAGCAGGGAAGCAGCAGAGAAGCAGCAGAGAAGCAGCAGAGAAGCAGCAGAGAAGCAGCAGGGAAGCAGCAGAGAAGCAGCAGAGAAGCAGCAGAGAAGCAGCAGGGAAGCAGCAGGGAAGCAGCAGGGAAGCAGCAGAGAAGCAGCAGAGAAGCAGCAGGGAAGCAGCAGAGAAGCAGCAGAGAAGCAGCAGGGAAGCAGCAGGGAAGCAGCAGGGAAGCAGCAGAGAAGCAGCAGAGAAGCAGCAGGGAAGCAGCAGGGAAGCAGCAGAGAAGCAGCAGAGAAGCAGCAGGGAAGCAGCAGAGAAGCAGCAGAGAAGCAGCAGAGAAGCAGCAGGGAAGCAGCAGAGAAGCAGCAGAGAAGCAGCAGGGAAGCAGCAGAGAAGCAGCAGAGAAGCAGCAGGGAAGCAGCAGGGAAGCAGCAGAGAAGCAGCAGGGAAGCAGCAGGGAAGCAGCAGGGAAGCAGCAGAGAAGCAGCAGGGAAGCAGCAGAGAUGCAGCAGAGAAGCAGCAGAGAGACCAGUUUACUCUGAGCCCAAAAGUGUCCAGAGUCUGA